UUUGUAUUCACUGUCUGACGUCAUCACAGGACUGCUCCGCUCCCCUGCAUCUGUUUGUGUUGCGCCUGAGAAAAGAGAAAAACUGCUGAUGCGACUUUUGCCUCCAUGUGACGCUAUAAUGAAAAUGGCGUUUAUUAAAGAGGAGAGUGAAGACCUGAGGAUUGAAGAAACGUUCAGACGUGAAGACAUCAGGAUUGCAGAAGUGUUCUCGCUGAAACAAGAAGAUCCCGAGGAACAAACAGAUCUGACUGAACUAAAAAAGGAGCAGGAACAACUGAGGGAUCCGAUCAAGGAAGAUCAAGAUUUCAAAACUGAACACGAAGAUUCCACUCACUCACAGACAGAAGUAAUCCAGAGCUCUCUCACAUGCAACCAAUGCGGGAAAAGUUUCACCCACAAACAAAAUCUGAGGGUCCACAUGAGAGUCCACACUGGAGAAAAGCCCUACAGGUGCUCUCAAUGCGGAUUGAGUUUCACGCGUAAACAAACUCUCAACGGCCACAUGAGCAUUCACUCCGGAGUGAAGCCUUAUCUGUGUGCCCAAUGCGGACUGACCUUUUCAUACCGGAAAAAUCUUAAUCUGCACAUGAGAAUUCACACCGGAGAGAAGCCCUACUCGUGCACCCGAUGUGAACUGAGUUUUAGGAAGAAGCAAUGUCUUAAAAUCCACAUGAGAAUUCACACCGGCGAAAAGCCGUACCUGUGUGCCCAAUGCGGACUGAGUUUUACGCACAAACAAACUUUUAACAGCCACACGAGGAAUCACACGGGAGAGAAGCCUCACACGUGUGCUCAAUGCGGAUCGAGUUUUGCCACUAAGCAAUCUCUCCGUAUCCACACGCGCAUUCACACCGGCGAAAAGCCUUACAUGUGCUCCCAAUGCGGGAUAGGUUUCACACAUAAAAAUGCUCUUAAUGUCCACUUCACUUCUCACACCGGAGAGAAGCCCUACAUCUGCCAUCAAUGCGGAUCUGGUUUCACACGUAAACAUGCUCUUAACACCCACCUGGUAAUUCACACCGGACAGAAGCCUCACAAGUGCUCUGAAUGUGGACUGAGUUUUACGAAAAAAACGGCUCUUAAUAGCCACGUCAGGAUUCACAACGCAGUAAAGCCGUACACGUGCUCCCACUGUGGACAGAGCUUUAAGCACAAACAAACUCUUAAUAUCCAUCGGAGAGUUCACACCGGAGAGAAGCCGUACUCUUGCACUCAGUGUGGACAGAGUUUUCCGCAUAAACAGACUCUCCGUAGCCACUUGAGAAUUCACACCGGAGAGAAGGCUUACGCGUGCUCUCAAUGCGGAAUGAGCUUUAUGUAUAGACGAGGUCUUAAUGUCCAUGUUAGGAGUCACUUCCAGUAAUGCCGAGUUCAGACUGCAUGAUUUUGACUCACCGACAGGCUUUGAGAAAUCGUUGACAAUUUGGUGCUCGUUCACGUGAGUUAUGCUGUGUUCACACCAGACGUGGAACGCGCGGAUAAAUCUUGCUAUUCGCGUGUAAAUAGCCGCGUGAACAUUUGAGUUUACUCGCUUCAUUUGCACGUCAAAUCCGCCUCAUUUGCGCAUCAAAUUCACUUCAGAACA